AUCAACUCUUUUAUUGUCGGAACUUUAAAGUUUCCAUUCCAUCAAGAUCAAACAUCCUGUACAGUACCACAAAGAAAGAGGGGAGAAAGAAAAAAGUGAGAUAUAAAGGGCCUCUAUCUUUUCAGUUUCACCUCUCCAUAGAGUAGUACUGAGAUAUUUCAUAUUACUGUCUAUCUUUUUCUUUUAUCUCUCUCUCUCUUUCUCUCAAUGCUUUGUUGUUGGUCUUUUUCAUGCAUAUAGUGAUGGCUAAUCAAGGUGGUAAUAAUGUGCUGAGAGACUACAGGAAAGGGAACUGGACAGUCCAAGAGACAAUGGUUCUUAUAGAGGCAAAGAGGAUGGAUGAUGAGAGAAGAAUGAAGAGGCAAGGUGACAGUGUUGGUGGUGAAAAACCAGGAGGAAAACCAGCUGAGCUGAGAUGGAAAUGGGUAGAGGACUAUUGCUGGAGGAAUGGUUGCUUGAGAAGCCAAAACCAGUGCAAUGACAAGUGGGAUAAUCUCAUGAGGGAUUUCAAGAAAGUAAGAGAAUAUGAGAGGAGAUUGGCUGAUCAUCAGCAGCAGCUUAUUACUAUUGGAGAAUCGUCUUCGGAAAGAGAAAGAUCAGAUGAAAAAUCGUAUUGGAAGCUGGAGAAAAAUGAGAGGAAAGCUAACAACUUGCCUUCAAAUUUGUUGCCUCAGAUAUAUGAUGCAUUGGUUGAGGUAGUGGAGAAAAAAGUUCAAAGGGGAUCAGUGGUUGGUCUUGUUGGUGCCGGUGGGACUACUGCUUCUAUUCCCAAUGUGCCGCCUUCUUCAGCUGCUGCUCUUGUAGGUCAGCCUUCUUCAUUGCCUCCUUCAAUGCAACAUCUUCCCAUUUCACCUCCAGUUUCAGCAUUGCCACUUCCCCCUCCUGUAGUGGCUCAAACACCAGUUCAACAACAACAACAACAACAACAUCCCCACACUCAUCCAUUUUCUCAGCAGUUGCCCACAGUAGAUUCUGAUACGAGUGAGCAUUCAGACUCACCAGCAAAGAGGAGAAGAAGAGGGGAAGGGACCAGUGGGGGAGCAAGUGGUAGCGAAUCACAUGAAGUUGGCACUGCAAUUUCUAGGAGUGCUUCUGUGAUAGCAGAAACCAUCCAAGCUUGUGAGGAAAGAGAAGAAAGAAGGCACAGAGAACUAUUGAGCUUGCAUGAGAGAAGAUUGCAAAUUGAGGAAUCAAAGGCUGAGAUCAGUAGACAAGGCAUUAAUGGACUGGUUGAUGCAGUAAACAAACUUGCCAAUUCUAUUCUUGCUUUGGCUUCUCACAAAACCCAAUCAACUCCAAAAUAGUUACACUAGCUUAUAUUUAAUUGAACAUCAAUUAAUAUUUCAUCAUCAAGAUAGAGUAUUUAAUUGCAUAGGGAGCAAGAAAGAGGGAGAGAGACAUUAAGAUUAUCUCAUUGGUUUGUACAUAGUUUUGAUCAAAUUGAUGGCCAUAUAUGUAACUUGAUUACAUAGACUUGGGUGUCAUUGUAAAAAUAUUCAUGAAUGAAACUAAGCAAGCCAUUCUUUUGGGGUU